CGACCGUGACAACGAUGACGACUUUUUGAUGGAGACCAAGUUGGCCUAGUGAGAAAUUCAGGGUUCCGUCUUCAGGUGUUUAGACUCAACUGUUGCUGCGGGUACUCUGCGGUGUAGAGAGAGGAAGGGAUCCCGCAUUCAAGUUGCCUUGUUCCCGCUUUGAGGCAAGUUGCCCUUGCUGUCUGAUGAGGCAGGGAGAAGUAGGACUCUCUUGGCCCCAAUGAGUGUGGUGUCCUGCUCCAGGGAUGUCCCGGAGCUACUUUCCAGGUCUCUGAAUGCUCUAAUCUCCCUCCAGGCUGACAGUACAUGCUCCCCAGGUUUUCUCAUUUACCCCUCAGGACAGCUCCGUAAGGAUGGUAUGGUCAGUCCCAUUUCACAGAUGACUAACUCAGGCUCACAGACUCUAAGUCACCUCCCCAGAAACAAGGUCCUGCUAUGUUGCCCAGGCUUGUCUUGAAUUCCUGGCCUCAAGAGAUCCUCCCGCUCCGCGGCAUCCCAAAGCAGUGGGAUUACAGGCAUGAACCACCUCACCUGGCCUCCUUUAAUCUUAACUUCUAUCCAAGCCCUACUCACAGAGGACUCUGUGUUGAAUCAAGAUGCUUCAUGCAACAGCCCCACUGAGCUACCAGCAGAUGCUAGCACCAUUCGUCAUCCAUGAUAAGCCUCCAAUGCAAUCACUUAAGUUAAGAAAUUGAGAGAAUGUUGAUAUAAACUGCUUCCUGAGCCAUAUGGAAACCUGUAUCUUCUGCAGGUUGCUGGACGGAGUUUCGCUCUUGCUACCCAGGCUGGAGUGCAAUGGCGCGAUCUCAGCUCACCACAACCUGUGCCUCCUGGGUUCAGGCAAUUCUCCUGCCUCAGCCUCCUGAGUAGCUGGGAUUACAGGCACACACCACCAUGCCCAGUGUGAUAUGGGUGAAGGAGUUUCUGAUUGAGCCUUGGGAAGAACAAAUAGUACAGAAAAACAAAGAAAAAUAAUGUAUCAGCUGGACAGAAGAUGGGAGUCAUCGGAUUUAUACCCCAGUUACUCAACCCAUCAACUGACUGGUUUUUGGGUUCUGGAUGCAACACGUUUGAAACACCCAAGAAUGUCAAUAAUCUUCCGUCUACAAAAUAUCAAACUCAAGAAAUAUCAGUCUGAAAUCCAGAAAACAGGCCCGGCAUUGCCUCUACACAACCCUGUGGGCCUGGCUCAGGAGGGGGACAGGGCCAGCACGAUGAGCACCCCAGGCAGCCCCGACCAGGCCUAUGAUUUCCUGCUCAAGUUCCUGCUGGUGGGUGACAGCGACGUGGGCAAGAGCGAGAUCCUGGAGAGCCUGCAGGAUGGUGCGGUCGAGUCCCCGUACAGCUACCUGGGGGGGAUCGACUACAAGACGACCACCAUCCUGCUGGAUGGCCAGCGGGUGAAGCUGAAGCUCUGGGAUACGUCGGGGCAGGGAAGAUUUUGUACCAUAUUCCGCUCCUAUUCUCGUGGUGCCCAAGGAGUGAUCCUGGUGUACGACAUUGCAAACCGCUGGUCUUUCGAGGGUAUGGAUCGGUGGAUUAAGAAGAUCGAUGAGCAUGCCCCUGGUGUCCCUAAAAUCCUGGUGGGGAAUCGCCUACAUCUGGCAUUCAAGAGGCAGGUGCCCAGGGAGCAGGCCCAGGCCUACGCCGAGCGCCUGGGUGUGACCUUCUUUGAGGUCAGCCCCCUGUGCAAUUUCAACAUCAUAGAGUCUUUCACGGAGCUGGCCAGGAUUGUGCUGCUGCGGCACAGGAUGAAUUGGCUCAGGAGGCCGAGCAAGGUACUGAGCUUGCAAGACCUCUGCUGCCGCGCCAUCGUGUCUUACACACCUGUACACCUGGUGGACAAGCUCCCGCUCCCCAUUGCUUUAAGAAGCCACCUCAAGUCCUUCUCCAUGGCCAAGGGCCUGAAUGCCAGGAUGAUGCAAGGUCUCUCCUACUCCCUUACGGCCAGCUCCACUCACAAUAGGAGCAGCCCCUGCCAAGGGGAGUUCUUCUGCUCACCCCAGAGCCUACCCAAAAACUGCACCAGAAACAGCUGCAAAAUUUCUUAAGGAAGGCAGCAAAAAGAAGGAAGCUGGAAUCUCUCCAGGAAAAGCUCUGAAUGGUUACACCUGGAAGAUGGGAAGACAUAUUCUAGAUUUGAGAAAUACGUUUUCAGUUUCUCAUGGGAGCCAUGCUGCUUGGCAAUGUGUGUGAUGCCUUCUGUCAAUAACAGCACCUUAUGCAGUUUUAUUUUCUAUGUGGAUGUGCAUGAAGCUCUUGUUUUAGACAUGUGUUUCUAAAGGGAAAAUUAGUUCUCUGCUCAACUCUUGAUAACAUGAAAUUUUGAAUGUUACUUAUAAUCACACUGCAACGUUUCCCUUAAAAUAACCGCUUUUGUAAGAAUGGUGAUAUGGCAAUGAUGAGUAUAAAUUCAAGGGAAUUGAGAAGCAAUGAUAGUGAGAUAAUUUAGAGUCAUCGAUAUUACAAGAGGGGCCUUUUUGUAAACCUGCUUUUUAAUGUCAAAGCACGAAUUUAUAAAACACUGCAGACGCACAUAGAGAUUAUACAUAACAGAUCUGUCCAGUUUGUGCAUGAAAUAGAUUUGAUAAAGUUUUUAUAAAACACUACAGAUGCACAUAUAUAUGAGAUUAUAUAUAACAGAUUUGUCCACUUUGUGCAUGAAAUAGAUUUGAUAAAGUUUUGCUAUGUUAUUUUACUACAUUUAGGGAUUAAUAAGUGAUUUAUAUGUAUGUUUUUCUGUAAAUCUAUUUUUUUUGUACAAGAUGUUCUACAAGCUAUGAAGCUAAGGAAAGAAUACACCAAAGAUAUCUCUAGUUAUGUUGAAUGUAGGCAACGUGGUUUCAGUGGAUCAGUAAGAAAAAAGCCAUUUCAGUAAGGAAUGAAAUAAGUACCUAUUUAAGAAAAUGUUUCUUAACAGUAAAAAAGGAUAUAUAUUUCUCUUCUGGUAAAAUCAAGAGAAAAAGAAUGAAAAAUAUGCAUCAUGUAACCCCACAAGAUGAGGCUUUGCAGAAAAACAAUGCAAUACAACACGGUGGCAGAGGGGAGAUGCGGGGCAGGCCCAUUAUAAGGCAUUAGGUGAGUCAUUUCCGUGGUGCUGGCCAGUUUGGGUUAAUACCUCUCAGACUGAUACAGAGGUUAAUGAGAUCUCAUCUGGGAAAGCACUUCUGAGACCUUAGAUGGGAAGGAAGGGAAAGUGAUUUCCAUGUAAUUACUUUUCAGUUUACACUGUGGAUUAUUAUAAUAAUCAAUAUUGGAUGAACUGAGUAAAUAUAAGUCCUUGUA